UAUUUUCGCGAAAGUAACAACCAAUAACAAAACAGUAUGCGACUGUCGAUUUGAUACUUUCACAGCGCUACGGAUCAAGUCAUCAAUCGCCAGACGAUUAGUUCAUUUACAACCAUUAACCAAAUUACGUAUGGUUUUUAACAAAUGAAAAUUUGAGAUUACAUUUUUAAUUUAUUGACUACCUAUUAUUAUUAACAUGCAUAACUCAAUUAUUCGGACAUCACCGGAAAACCCUUGUGUAAAGUAUGCCGCUGAAACAACCAAAGAAAAGUUUAACACAGAAAUAACAGAUAUUAAUAGCUCUAAGCCGCCUUACAGUUAUGUUGCGCUCAUUGCUAUGGCUAUACAGAAUUCACCGCUAAAGCGCGCUACACUCAAUGAGAUUUACAGCUAUAUCACAUCACAUUUUCCAUAUUUCGAAAGAAAUAAGAAAGGUUGGCAGAACUCAAUACGACACAAUUUAAGUUUGAAUGAGUGCUUCAUAAAGGUACCGCGCGAGGGUACAGGUGAACGGAAAGGAAACUAUUGGUCGUUAGAUACACAAUAUGAGAAUAUGUUUGAAAAUGGCAAUUAUCGAAGAAGAAGACGUAUGAAGCGACCUUAUCGUUCGGUGGGACAUUUUCCAAAGUUAAUGACUGACACCUGCCCCUCGAAAAUGAUUUUCAAUCACACACCUUGCCAGACAUACUACAGAUACAACACAAAUACUCAAUGGUUACCCACACAGACAAUAGCCGGUUAUGGUCCGUCUACAGUGAGAAGUAGCUAUCCGAAUAACUCCGCAGCUGGUUUUUCUACACCAUUACUGGGUGCGAACAACUACAACAGCAUUAUACAGCAAGGAAUCUCUACCGAUGGCGUUAAAAUGAUGGAUCCAUGUCCAUGUCCGAUUUGGAAUACAAUUCCCGAUUUGAUGAUCAAAGAUGAGCAUUCAUCACAAAGCCAUGCCGAUGCGACAUUCAUCAGUUAUCAGAAGCAAUUUGCCUUACAUUAAUAGAUAUUAUAAAAAUAUAAGAAAAUAUAUAUGAUAACAAAAUAUUUAAUAAUAAUAAAAGCUGU